AUGUUUAGAAAAAAUGAAAACGGCAGACAUUAUGAUUAUGAGAGUCUUGACAGUGAUAACAGCAAAAAGUUGACAAUUUUUUUCGCUACUUUGUGUGUCAUUGAUUUAUUUGGAGUAUUUCCAAUCGUGACAUUACCGAAAGCUUUGAUAAGCUGCGGUUAUUACGCUCUACCGCUGAUUUUGCUUGUUUUUUCACUUCAAACAUACACGGCAGUGGUGUUGGGAAGGUGUUGGAUGAUUGCAGAAAAACUUGAUCCAUCUAUCAUGAACAAAAGUCGUUAUGCUUAUGCAGCUAUUGGUGAAAUGACUUUCGGUCAACCCAUGAAACAUUUUGUCACAAUUCUAUUGGAUUUAACAGUUUUCGGUGCAGGAAUUCCUAAUCUUCUGGUAGCUUCACAGAAUCUGCAAUUGUUGGGUCUGAGAAUUACAAAUGGUUCAUUUGACUUUUCAUUUUGCUAUUUUCUUAUCAUUAUUGGAUUGUUUUUAUGUCCUAUAAUGUGGCUUGGGUCACCGAAAAAUAUGAGAAUUUUAGCAUCAAUAUCAGUGACAAUUUGUACUACGGUUGCAAUUCUCACAUGGAUUUGUAUUUUCAAAGAAUCAGAAGAGAAAGCCGUCACGCCGAUAGAAGUCUUCGAUCCGAGUAAUCCACCUUUGUUAAAUUUACUUAAAGCUUAUGGAAUUAUUUCAUUUCAAUUCGAUAUUCAUCCAAUGUUGUUGACGAUUCAAGUUGAUAUGCAAGAUAAAAAUAAAAUUGGAAAAGCAGUGUUUAGUGGUUUAAUGACAACGUGCACUCUUUCAAUCAUCACAACACUUUUAGUUCAUUGGACUUAUGGUCAAGAGAUCACAGCAAAUGUUCUUGAAUCACUUCCUAGAAGUUGGACUCUCUAUUUAAUUAUCAUGUUAGUGACUUUACAACUCUGUUUAUCAAGUGCUGUUGGAAAUAGCGCAUUAUUUCAACAUGUUGAAGAUGCGAUGAAUAUUUCGAGUCAUUUUAACUUUAAAAGAUGUAUCAUAAGAUCCAUUUUUGUUUGGUUGGCUGUUUUACUUGGAGAGUUGAUUCCAAAGUUUGAUUUGGUGAUGGGUGUUAUUGGCGGAACAUUGACAGGUCCAUUGGUUUUCAUCCUACCUCCACUUUUUUACACUAAAAUGUUGAAAUUAGAAAAACGCUUUGACAAAAGAAUGUUCGAAUCAUCACCACUGGCCGAUUUCAAUGACACUGAAUCUCUCUUGAAGUCAUCACUAUAUGGGACAAUAAAUUCACCAGUACGUCGGAUUAAAGGCUAUAACCCUAAAGCUGCAAUCAAGAAAGCAUAUUAUUUCUUACACAGUGAAUGUGUUUUGUCUUCCCUGGUCAUUAGUUUUGGUGUGGCAGCAACAUUAACGUCAACAUUUUAUAAUUUUCUUGACAUAAAAAGUCUAGAUGAGUUCUGGUCGCCUUGUAUUCAAAAUAUAAGCUUAAGUUAUGAGUUAAUACCAAGAUAAAUUAUGUAUUCAUUUUAGCCAUGAAGAAUUUUAUAAAUAAAUCUAUCCAC